UAUUAAGAUGAAAGAUUUUGCUUUGACUACUUUCAGAUGUAAAGGCAAGUUAUUUUAAAUUGAAUAUGCACUCAAUGGCAUAGUAAGUAGUUAUUGAAAUUAUGGCUGAAUAUGGUGUUGUUUUGUUUCUGCAGAAAAAACAAUAAUAAAUUUUGAUUGAAAAAUCAAGUGUUCAGAUCUUAUUUUAAGUACUUUCUUCUCAUCUGUAAAAUAAUUAUGUAAAAAUACGAUUAACUAUAUAAUUUAAAUAAAAUGGAGUAAUAUUAGCAAUAAAAAAAUACUGCUGUUUUGAAAUUAUUCUUCACUAAGCUGAGUGUAAAACAUCUGAAAAUAGUAAAUAAACUAUGAAGUAGAUUAAGAAAACAAAAAUAGAAAAUAAUCCAAAUUCUUAAGUUGAAAAUUAUCAAUAGAGUUCCUUGCUCUCUAAUUUGUAUAAAAAAUCUAAUAAAUCACAAGUAUCAAAUAUAUUAAUUAUAUAUCUAAGGCUAUUAUAAAAUAGAUAAUCUCAUUAUUAACAGAUAAAGAAUCUUAUUUUUCUUUAAAAUAAUCUAUUAUAUGA